AUGCCAGAAGCGGCCGAGGCAGGACCCUCUUCCCGACCUGCAGGAGCUGAUCUCAGUCUAUGUACGUACCACGAGCUCUAUGAGCAUCUCGAGAAUGCACGGUCAGACAGACCUUUCAGUGAAGUCCAGCAGCUCGUUGAAUCGAGGCUGAAAGAGCUUGCAGCAGCAUGUCAGACGUCCCCACCCUCGCGUACUACCUCCAAGGGCAAGCUCAGUGCAGACUCUGUCAAGCUAGACAGUGGGCUGGAGCUCAGCAUCGAUGCGGAUCAGAGGGACUUAUGCAUACAGAUUAGCGAAAGGUAUGAUCUCGAGGAGGUUCAGUCCUUGUUGACCUUCAAGCGCUUCCUCCAAGCCGAGGAUAUCCAUCGCGACCUACUUAGGACAACAGCGGCAGCCAGACGCAAGGGCAAAGCUACCCUGUCAGACGAUCUCGUGAACGAGAUCCUGGACGAGUUCAAUGUCUUUUAUUUUGAGGAGCAGCUCUAUACCAUCAGAUGCGCGGCCUCGUUACUUCGCAUCGCGGAGGACUCGGAUCACCAGUACUUUGAGAUCGCUCAACCGGCUCUUACCUCGAUUGGCACGCAAGACUUCGGCCAAAAGUGUCUGGACAGAUUUGUGCAGGUUUCGAGACAGCCUCUGCCGAUCGACGUCCGCGAUGCUCCUCGCUAUUCGCAAUUCUGGGCGAAGCAUGGUCUGAAAGAGCAGCUUGCCCUCCUAGAGGUCGUGUUUCUCGUCUUUUACGGCUGUGUCACACCCACCCCUGCCUUUGCCAUCAAGGUCCUCAAAACCCUCGAAGAGACAACGUUUGGCCAAGCUCAAGCCAGCGAGGCCUUCUUCGACCCACAGUCCGUCGAGCUGGUAGGCGCUGUUCACCACUGCCUGACCCUUAUUGCGAUUGAGGCUCUCGACCUCGAGCGAGCCAUGGAUGGGUACGGCUUCCCCCCAGGCGCAAGUCUAUCAAAUGAGGCCACCGUCAGCUCUCGAGCGUUCAUAACAGAUGCAAAGCAACUGGAUGAGGUUCUGAGCCAUCUAGAGUCUGCUUCGGCUGAUCCGAAUCUUUCCCCCAUCUUCCUGGGUUGGGCUCUGGUUCUCCGCAAGACGGAGGAUGCGCUAGCCGAUGCUCUUGAGCGAUCAGGAGGUCGCCUACCUUCCCAACUGCAAGCGCUCAGCGAGGUUCUGGCGCCAGGCGAUGGAGGCGAACCGGUAUGGACGCGUCUGGCGUCGGCCGCUUUGAAUCCCUCCAUGGGCUUCUUUUCCACAAUGAAGGCCAUAGUUGGCUCGCCCCUGAUCUCUACUCAGCACUCCCUAUCAGCUUCUUUUGGAGUCUCGAUAGCAACCUCCCUGGCAUUCCGGGCUGUGUUCAAAGGCUUGCUCCUCAGCAUCACCGACGUCAUCAGACCAGAGUACAUCAGCGACCAGGACGCACUGGUUGAACUAUGGGAAGCCACCUUCGAAGACGGGCGAGGAUCGGAGAGCGCUGCCUCCAAUGCAGUAGGUAUUUCUGCACUCUGCUGGCAGUUCUGGGAGGUCGACUACGAAACGGACACCCGCAGAGCUGUACUAGAGAUGGCAAAGCGGAGAUGGCCUGUGCAGUUCCGGCCCUUCAUUCGACUCCUCAAGUCCUUGACGGGAGUAUGCGACGGAGUUGUGCCAACGAGCAAUGGUGCACAAGCGUCUACAGAGGUGCUCCGGCAGCUAUACGAGCUUCCUACUCUAGCCCAUGCCUUGCCAUCUACAGCUGGAGCCUUGCGUCCACCCUGGGAGGUCAUUGAAAGCUCAGACUAUGCAGUGCUGGACUAUCGGUGCACUCGGACUAUCCCCAUCUUUGGACCUGGGCUCGCCGUACAGCCAGGAACGUGCGGCAGAAUGGUAUCGGAGGCUGGUCAGACGCCAGUCGUCGUCGUGUGGGAGCCAAGCCAGCCUGUCAGUGGCUGGCGACUGCUUCGCGAUGUCCUGGCCAGCUUUGUCAAGCUGCUCGGUGGACCUACUGUCGCUGCAGCGUCCGUCGACCGGGACGAUGUCUUCAGCCAGUCUCGCAGUCAAGUGACGAGCUUUGCAAACUUGUCACCUGGCGAAACAGGCGAUGCGACGGUUGCGACCGAAAUCAUUGAGCUCUUCUCGGCCGUCCUUUUGGGAGCUCCGACGCAAGCCGAUGCUCUGCUCGAGCAUCUGGAAACCGCUCCAGGCGAGGCUCUUGAUCCGGAUCAGUCGAUCUCUUCGGAUGCACGUCCCACUCAGCCUUCAUUGGUUGUCAUUGUUCAGCGCAUCCUCGAUCAAGCUCUCAAUGCUCGCGAGGUCCCCAGUCGGCUCGUUAGCGCUGGCUACAAGCUCCUGAGUCUCCUGCUUUCACUUCGUCCCUCGGAAGUCUGGCUGGCCGUUCGCUCCUCCAACCUCGUCAUCGGCUCGAGUGGUCAAGCGGCAGUCGUAUCUCGCACCGAUCGUUCCACUGCAUCUGCGCUGCUAGCUUACGAAUGCUCGACUGGCGACUUUGUCGGCCUGCGAUCUCUCCUCGCCUUCCAUGCCAGCCUCCUAGCUGAAGUGCAAAGGUCUCAAUUCCUGAUCUCUCCAGAGCUGUCGCGGAUCAAGGUCGAUACUCUCCUUCGCGCACUAGGCUGGGUAUGUGAAUCGAUCUGGCCAGAGCAUCAGAGCUGGCGAUACAAGAAGAUUGGCGAAAAGGUGGCCAUCGCAUCUUCGUGUGCCACUCUACUACAAAGUAUCCUCACUGAUCGUACCCUGGUAGGGUCCGCGCCUGGAGCCGCUCGCGACCUGUCGACUGCAAUGGACAACCUUCUUGUUCUCCACUCUUCCUCGCUAUACAUUGCACCGCUCGUCAGCGUCAUCGGAACAGGCCAAGCCCUUCUUCAAGAUCUCCAGCGAUCUGGCAGUCAUGCCAAUGCAGAACAUGCGCAUGAUUUGAUUGCCACUUGUCUUGCCCUUGCCACGGCAAUCAUUCUGCGUCGCCAGGAGCUGUCCAGGAGCGGGAGCUACCCGGACAGACCAUGUCUUCUCGAGCGCAUGAUGUUCGACGGCUCAGCGGUUGCGGUCCGGGCCGUAUCUACGUCCCAGAGGCGCAGUUCAAGAGUUCAGCUGUUGUCUGCCGUUGUCGCCUAUACCUCGCAGACGCUGUCUGCAUCUCUUUGCAGACAUGCUGGUCUGCUGAUGACUGCCAUAUGCGUUUCAGCGGAAGAGCAAAAGGACUCGACUGCGAGUGGCGCGCUGUCUGUCAUCGGUCACCUGGGCUCUGCAGAUGACGUGAACACGACGGUGGCUUCGAUGGUCGGUAUCUUGGACAAUUCGCACUACGACGUCGAGUCUAGGAGAGUCAUGUGGACAAUGGCAGCGGCGAUGGUCAUGACUCAGCCUGGGUUAGCGCAUUUGCUCCUGGGCGGCCACCCCGCCGGCGAUCGAGGCGAUGAGAAAGCUGUGCCUAAGCGCAGUGCCCUUUCUGUAGCUGUCGACUCCAUCCAUAUCUGGGAGUACCUCUGGGAGCACGACCCCGCGCUCCUUGACGCCGUGCUGCACUUUCUUGGCACUGCUUGGGCUCGAAUGGAGCAUUUGUCGAGCCUACAAGCCAGAAUUGAUCCCAACUUCUGGAAGGCCAUUACCUCGAUCAUCGCAGCUGAUGCUGGUAAUCCAGCGGAAGAGCCUUCUGGGUUCGAAGACUUUGAAGGGCGUCUGCGGACGGACAGCGACGAGGAGACUAGAAUAUUCUCGCAUCGUAUGCUGAGUAAAGCCAGGGCACUUCACAUCCUAAGCAAGGAUUUACAGACUCCCCGAGCAAAAGGCAGUGCCUCGAAGUCCGCCAGUCUGGAAAGCGCAAUGGCUCUUGUCACCAACAGUCCUUCGUUCACUGCCUCUCUCGAAUCAGCAGUCAAGGUCGAAUGCGAUCCAGGCCUGCAUGCAGACGUCGAGUCCAAGCUAGCGACCGCAUUUCCCGAGAUUCCUUUGAACGCCUUGCGCCGCCCAGCAAAGGCUCACGAAUUUAACUUGACUCGCGAAUACGGAGACGACUACGUCUUUGACACCAGAACGCUCCGAAGUAGGCUCGAGGGCUUCUGUAGCGGUGCAGAGCGCGGAGCUCAAAUGGAUGAGGACGCUGUAGUGGACGAACGAGUCAUUCAUCAAGCUGUUUUGAUGUUGUCCAGCGUCAAUUUGGACUGGAGCAAUAUAGAUGCACAGACGACCUAUCUGCGAGCAUGGCAUCAACUGCUCGAGGCACUUUCUCGGGCUGCGAGAUGGGAAGUCAAGGGGAAUACACAGAAGGAGAAGGAAAUGAGCAAUUCCUACCUGAAGGCGUGGGUCGCUUGCGCCAAGAUUACCUCUUCGGAGUCUCGAGACGGCUCGGUGAUGCUAGGCAUUCACGCUGCCAGGGUCGACUUACUCGAGGUGUUGCUAGAAGCGGCCUGGGGAUUCUCGGCCUCGCAGAAGAGUGACCACCUGGCGCAAAGGGCCCAAGCAGCCGAGAUUGAGAUCCUAAGCGACGUCGUUGAGCAGGUUCAGAAGAUUCUCUCUCACAAGUAUUUUACCCUGCAAGCAAGCGUUCGAGGCCCCCAGACGCCAGCAUUUCAUCGCGGACUGUUCAGCAUCGCUCUUCUCAGCGCACGACAGGUUCGUCGACUGGUCCCGAUCGCUGUCGAUAGUCAAUCGCGGUCUGCUCAGGUACAGACGCACCAGACAAUUCAUCAAGCCAUUGACUCAUUCACGAGCCAUGCGCUGAAAAGUAUGCGUCUCAUCGUUGAUGCCGCAAGCUUGCUCGUCAGCAGUCGAAGCAGUGAUGCGGCCGCUUUGGCCUCACGUGAGGAAGAUCUGACGCUAGUCUGCAGUCUACUUGAAUUGCUCAUUCGCCCGGAUGUCAGUCUGACUCCGCACUCCUGGCUCAGCCAGUUCCAAGAAGUAGGACUGCUACCGGCCUGCGUAGCACUGCUUCGGCGAGCUCCCCUACGGUCAAGCGAGCAGGAGAUCAAUACUCAGGCGGCCAUGUUCAUGCCGGCUCUGUCAUCCCUGUUCCUCGCCCUCGCAGCGCAACAGCAGUCAGCAGAGCAAUCUGUGCUUGCUGGCUUGAUGACUGCAUUAUCGUCCAAUGCUCUGUCCCCUGCCCUCGAAGCAGGAACGGUCGCAGCUGUACUUGCCUCUGGAACUGCGAGUCCGGCCCAUGCUUGCUGGGUCACGAUGCUCCGGCUCGUGGUCAGCAUCGUCGAGAAUCUCGAUGGGGAUGCUUCGGCGACGUGGGCGGCAGCAAGCGUGCGCUUCAUCGAGACGGAGGUGGUCGGCUUUGUACGUCUGUAUGGUGCACAAUUGGGCAAGGCCCUCAGCUUUUCUCCAUUGGCAGCCCGAGGCAGCGUCAACACCCGGGAAGGAGCUCCCCUGCGCUUCGUGGAGCAAGAUGCUCGCAUCACGCAGCCACAGCUCAAUGAAUUGCAAGCGACGAUGCGCUUGUUCCUAGUCAUGGCUAGCGCCGAUGGCUUCGCUCAGGGCUCGGGUAGGGAAGUCAUGGCCACUUUUGCAGACAAGACUUCGGGGAUCCUGCAGCAGCUCGUCUACCUCACUGAGCGACCUCACCAGCUGGCUUCCCUCCUACUGCACGGCGGUGGCGACAAUCCUGUGGGCGUGGGCUCGGAGCAAGGCGAGUACGAACAGCAAGUCGUGGAGCAGAUGACGUCGAUUGCUACUACGGCCGUGGCUGCUCUAUGGCACCAGACGAGGGGCGAUGAGGUGCUAGCCCAGCAAGGAGGUCAGUGGGCAGGUGAAGAAUCGCCAGCAGCAGCGACGCUGCGGGACAAGGCUCUCCUCCGCCCGACCAUGCGUACCGCCCCUGGUGAAUUGGCGUCCAUCGGUACGCUCCUCGAUCUAGCAGGCCACUGUAUCGAGGUUCUGCAAAAGAAGCAGCCCACUCCAGCCUCUGAACACAUCUCAAGGAUGCAAGUAGCCCUAGAGCAGACGCUAGCCCUUGCAGUGACCCAGCUUCUUCUCAAUGCCUCUUUCCCCGUUGGGUCUGCCAGUCAUCAGGUUGUGGAAAGUGGAAUUCAGAGGGACGUUGCGGCUUGCGUCCAGUCUGGGCUUGGGGCCAUCAAGGGUCUGCCUGCUGGAGAGGAAGCGGAGGAGGGACAGAGGUUCUUGAGUCAUCUUGCCUCGUUGUGUGAGCAGAUGUAG